AUGCGGACGCUGAAGUUGUUUCUGUUCGUACUUCUCGGCCUCUCGUGCAGCUAUGCCUUUAUGUUUUCUUCUCAGAGAGAGAAAGUCAAAGAACCCCAGGGAAAGGUGCCUUGCGGGGGUCACUUCCGGAUUAGGCAGAAUCUUCCAGAGCACGCUCAGGGCUGGCUGGGGAGCAAGUGGCUCUGGCUCUUUUUUGUUCUUGUGCUGUAUGUGAUACUGAAGCUUCGAAGUGACAGAGACAAGAGUAAGGGUCAGAACCCUCCCAGCCUUCGAGGCUGUCCAUUCCGUUCUCCAGUAAAGAAAAACCAGAACACGUCCCCCAAUAAAGACUGCACAUUCAAUACCUUAUCCCAGCUCGAGACGGACCUUGUGAAAUUUGUGUCUAAGGUGCGGAGUCUUAAGGCAGCCGUGGUAACGAGCAGUAGCCUCAAGUAUCAACAUGCAGACUUUCCUGUGGAUCCACAAACUAUUACAAUCUAUGAAAUAUGGGGAGAAGAACCCGAAUGA